CGACGGCGGGUGGCGUCUGGGGCGCCUCCGGCGGACGGUGGCGGCGCCGGGCAGAGAGGCCGCGACUGCCGGGGUCGUCGAGGGGUGGCGGUGAGCUCGGGCCUGGGCGGCGGUGGCCGGGGGCGCAGGCGGAGCCCCGCUCCGGCCCCAGCUCCCGGCUAUGGCAGCGGCCACCAUAGUGCACGACACGUCUGAGGCGGUGGAGCUGUGCCCCCCGUACGGCCUGUACCUGAAGCCCAUCACCAAGAUGACCAUCAGCGUGGCGCUCCCGCAGCUGAAGCAGCCGGGCAAGUCCAUCUCCAACUGGGAGGUGAUGGAGCGGCUCAAGGGCAUGGUGCACAGCCACCAGUUCUCCACGCUGCGCAUCUCCAAGAGCACCAUGGACUUCAUCCGCUUCGAGGGCGAGGUGGAGAACAAGAGCCUGGUCAAGUCCUUCCUGGCCUGCCUGGACGGCAAGACCAUCAAGCUGAGCGGCUUCUCCGACAUCCUCAAGGUGCGUGCCGCUGAGUUCAAGAUCGACUUCCCCACGCGCCACGACUGGGACUCCUUCUUCCGCGACGCGAAGGACAUGAACGAGACGCUGCCGGGCGAGCGGCCGGACACCAUCCACCUGGAGGGGCUGCCCUGCAAGUGGUUUGCGCUCAAGGACUCGGGCUCCGAGAAGCCCAGCGAGGAGGUGCUGGUGAGGGUGUUCGAGAAGUUCGGGGAGAUCCGCAACGUGGACAUCCCCAUGCUGGACCCCUACCGCGAGGAGAUGACCGGCCGCAACUUCCACACCUUCAGCUUCGGGGGCCACCUGAACUUCGAGGCCUACGUGCAGUACCGCGAGUACGUGGGCUUCAUCCAGGCCAUGAGCGCCCUGCGCGGCAUGAAGCUCAUGUACAAGGGCGAGGACGGCAAGGCCGUGGCCUGCAACAUCAAGGUGUCCUUCGACUCCACCAAGCACCUGAGUGACGCUUCCAUUAAGAAACGGCAGCUGGAGAGGCAGAAGCUGCAGGAGCUGGAACAGCAGCGGGAGGAGCAGAAGCGCAGGGAGAAGGAGGCGGAGGAGCGGCAGCGGGCGGAGGAAAGCUGCCACUCGGACAGGCUGCCUUCGCGCCCUCACCUGCCCCCACGCACCUGCGCGCCGCGGCUCCGCCACAGUAGGAAGGUCCCAGAGUCCGUGUCCUGGACCCUGGCCGUGGGAGGAAGUGGGCGCUCGGCCUUGAGCACGGGGCGCCCUGUGUGCUGGGUGGAGGCAGUUCAAGGCCACAGGGCUCCCCGACGGCGGGCGGCGCCGCCUCUGUGGUCACGGAGGCUCGGCCGCCCUGCCCCGUCGCUGCAGCGCCUGCACCGGGUGGUUGGCGCUCACGCAGCACUGCAGCGGGGCUGGGCGUCCUUCCUGGGCGGUGAGGAGCCUGCGGCCUUGGCCUUGCUGGUGCCGCGGAGUUCCAGGCGCCACAACGCGUCCUCGGCUCUCAGCGCAGAGAACUUUGUCGCGAUGUUGUGUGUAAUCGCGUUCACAGCCGCCGGGCGGAGGCGCAGCGUGUUCCCCAGAUGGAUGGGGGGCUCCCCUGGGACCGCGGAGGCCAGCGGCCGGGGCGGGGCGGGGGGCGGGGGAGGGCCGACCCUGGCGAUGGACCGGGCCCCGCGGCGAGUGGCCGCAGAGCCUGGCUGGGCCCCGUCCCUCCUCGCAGCCGUGGACCCGGGCGGUCUCAGCCGGUGCGCACGGAUGAGCGCCUCCUCGUUCCUCCCGCUCCUCCCGGAGGCCGGGGGCCGGGGACACGUGGGGACCUCGCCGGGCCCUCCUUGCGCCCCGGCAGGCCGCGUGUCCCCGCUGAUCCCCUGGAAGGAGACUGGCCGGCGCGCUGAGACGGGCCCGCUCGGCUCUAGUGUCAUGGUGAAUAUUGAAGACGCGCACCCCGGCCGCGCCCCGCCCGUGCCGCGGCGGCGUGUGUGCGCGCCUGUGCGCACCGCAGUCUCGGCUCCCUGCCGCUGGGGACCGCUGGCCCCCGCCUGGCAGGCCCCGCCCGACACGCCCGCCGCUCCCCCGGGCCGUCCUCGGCGCCCGGGGGGAGCGCACCCCGGCCGGGGCCACGUACCCGGCUCCCCCACCCCCACCCCGGGCCCCGGAGCGGCGCCAGCCGGCGGGCGCGGAGCCCCAUGCGCCUUCCCCUUUGUGCCGCAGGCCGCGAAGCUGCAAGAGCAGGAGCACCGCGAGGAGGCGCUGCGGCUGCAGCGGCUGGAGGAGCGGCGGCGGCUGCAGGAGGCCGAGCUGCGGCGCGUGGAGGAGGAGAAGGAGCGCGCGCUGGGGCUGCAGCGCCGGGAGCGCGAGCUGCGCGAGCGGCUGCUGAGCAUCCUGCUGAGCCGGAAGCCCGACGACCCGCAGGCGCGCGACGAGCUCGGGGCGACGCACGCUGACCUGCUGCGGCCGGUGCUGGACAUCCUGCAGACCGUGUCGGCCGGCUGCGGGGGCGCCGCCGCGCUGCACCCGCCGGGGGGCCCGCCGGCCCCCGGCCCCCCCAGGAGGAGCCCGCCGCGCCCGGACGCGGACGCGGCGCCCCGGGGCGUCAACGGCAGCGUCGCCGAGGGCGCGCCCUGCCAGGAAGGCCCGGGCGCGGGCCCCGCCGGCUCCCCGGAGAAGAGGUGCCCCGGCGUGCUCGCCUGCAUCCGCAACAGCCAGCAGCCGCCCAAGGCCGCGCCCGCCGCCUGCGAGCCCGCUGCACCCCGGAAGGACGCGCGCUCCGAGCAAGACAAGUGCAACCGCGAGCCGAGCGGGAGCCGCGGCCGGGCCGUCGGGGCCCGCGGCGACGACGACAGACACCAGCGGGAGCGCAGCCGGCCGCGGCGCGCGGGCAGCCGGGAGGACGCGAGGACCCCGCGCAAGGAGCGGCGGCGGCACCGCAAGCACGCGCGCCAGGACGACAGCCCCGCGCGGCGGAGCGCCAGCCCCGCCCACGACCACGCGCGCCCGCGCAGGUCCCACAGCCGAGAGCGCUCCGGCCGCGCAGAGCGCAGCCGGGACCGCAGGGGCGGCUCGGGCCGGAAGCGCAGCCGCCACCGCCGCGGGGACCGCUCGCGCUCGCGCUCGGGGUCCCCCGGCCGGCACCGCAGCGCCUGGAACAGGUAAUACAGGCCGCCCCCGCCUCCCGCGGAGAUCGGGACCGGGGAGCCUCCGCGGAGCCAGCGCACGGCCAGCGGGGCCGCGCGCUUCGAGCCUUUUGCGGGCGGUGGCCUGGGCCGCGCUCUCUAGCUUUAGUUUUCCCCGAAACCUGUUGAUCUGAUAGCUUUAACGUCACCACUUCCCGCGGAGUCAGGAAAGCGCGACGGCCGGCGGCGGCCCCCAUUGCGCGGCCACAGCGCCGUUAGUGCCGGGCCCGGGGCCUCCUCCGCCGGGACUCCCGGGGACCAGCUGUCGAGCUCGGACAGCGCGGACCCCUCAGGCCCUGCGAACUCGAGGUGGCCGCGCCCUGCUGGCGUGUCCCCAGCUUUUCGUUUGUAACUUCGGCGACGGGACAGCGCCGUCCUCGCGGCCGCGACGCCGAGUCACGUGCUGCGUAGGCAGUGGGUGCGGGGCCGCGCCGCCCGCUCCGCGCUCCCUUCACAGGCAUGCGCCUCAGACUGGUGAUUAAGCAUAGAAAGAAAAAAAAAAAAAAGGAAAGAGGGUUGGUCAAAAGCUUUGAUUUGUAGUCAAGAAUUAGCGUGUGUGGUUUUUUUAAAAAGCUGUUUUGCUAAAUUAUUUUUACUUGGAACGUUUCCAACAGAUUCAAGGCUACAAACUUGUUAAAUUUUAUAAUCAUUUGCUUCCCCAAGUGAAGCUCAAGAAAUACUUAAAAAUAGCUGUCGUGUUUGCGUUCGGAAAGAUGGUGUUUAUCCCAGUUUGCAUUUUUUUGUGAAAUAAAAUUCUUUUCCAAUGAACUAA